AUGGCCACAGGUUUGCUGGCAACUGUCAUCUACCAGACACCCUACGAAUUCCGUGGCUUGACCACAAUCGGUAAAGUCAUCUUUAUUAUCGAUCUGAUCAUGUUCGUAUCCUUCACAGUCUUGAUAAUGAGACAAUUCAUUGUGGCACAUGGUUCCUUUAGACAUUCAUUCAUCCAUCCCGGAGAAGCCUUCUUUAUUGGAACACUCUGGGUCUCGGUCAGCCUUAUUAUCCAAGGUUUGGAUUCAUAUGGUCACUCUGCUGGUUGCGGGGUCUGGCUUGACAAGGCGAUGAAGGUAUGCUUUUGGGUGUACUGCAGCUUGACCCUGCUCUUUGCGAUUUCUCAGUACGACCUCCCGUUCGUUACUCAAAGGAUCAACAUCCAAGGGAUGACGCCUGCCUGGAUCUUACCCAUGUAUCCGCUCAUAGUCAUAGGACCACUGGCAGGGGUGAUUCUUCAACAUCAACAGCCUCCCGCCGGAGUCCCUGUUUUUGUUGCCGGAGUCACUUUCCAAGGCCUGGGGUGGAUGGUCAUUGUCUUCCUUUACGCGAUUUGGGUUAUUCGUCUAUUCUCUGCCGAACUCCAAGUACCGUCUCUGCGGUCUGGCAUGUAUGUCGCAGUAGGCCCGACAGCAUAUACCGCCGCGGGCUUAGUCAUUCUUUCUGAACGAGCAACGUCAGUCCUCCCCGUUGAUUUUCUGGGUGUACAGACAGUCUCAGCACCUGAGAUUCUCCGUGCAAUGGGCAGCAUUGCAGCGAUCUUCCUCUGGCUGCUUGCGUUCUGGUACUGUGGCAUUACAACAAUCUCCGUCUUCAAUGGGAUCAAGACCAUGUCUUUCACGCUCACAUGGUGGGGGUUUGUCUUCCCUAAAGCAGGCCUUGCGCUUGCCACGACCGCCAUUGGGACCGUGCUUGAUAGUCCUGCCCAUGGCCCCGCGGUUUGGAAGGGCCAUAUUUUGUGGGAGGGGAAGGACGAAGAUGCUUGA